CACCGUGACAUCACGAGAGGGCGGGGUCUGGCUGUAGCGCGGGAACUAAAAUAACAAGCUCCUGGUGUAUCUACAGAUCAGCAAAUGGCUCCAAUUAAAAUCCAGCAUGUAGUGUCCUUCAGCUCCCAGGAUCCCAAGCACCCAGUGGACAAUCUGCUAAAUGAGAGCUUGAUCCAUCCCUGGCUCAGCUGCCCGCGUGACCGGAGUCGACAGCUGAAGGUGGACUUACAGCUGGAGAAGGCCUCUCAGAUCACUUACAUUGAUAUAGGGAACAGUGGUUCUGCCUUCCUACAAAUAGAUGUAGGCCGCUCUAUUUGGCCCUCAGAUAAACCCUUUGUAACUCUGCUCCCAACAACUACGCUCAUGAACCCUAUGGAUUCCAGACUCGGGAAGAACUGCAACUCCGUGAGAAUGUUCAAAGAAGGUGACUUCAUAGCUGAAGCGGCAAAAGAAAAGUGGGACAGACUUCGGAUUAUCUGUAGCCAGCCCUUCAACAAGCAAGCCAUGUUUGGACUGUCAUUCGUACGCCUACAAUCCCCACUUAGCGAAGACGAUCAGAACAGUCAUAAAACAGCAUCUCAGAUUGAAGUGUCACAGGACAGCAGCUUGUCUAACUCUCGUCUUCCCUACUCACCUUCCAGGGAGUCCCUGGCGAAUGGCAGAGAGGACAAUAAACUGAGCCAGGAGGAAGGGAAGCUUAAGGAUUGGUUACACCAGGCCCUGUCUAGCACUUCACCACGAAUUGACAGGGCCUCCCCCAUGAGCCGCACUGAGAGGAUGGUUUUAUCUGCAACCAACUCACGCAAACGACGCUUUCUUAAUGUAACUGGCCCAGGAUCAUUGCCCCAUGAUCCAGAGGCAGCAGAUACCAGUCACGGCCCAGGUAGGAAAGCUACUUGUCCAGCUACCUCUAGGACUCCACCAAGUCCCACAAAGAAAGAAGGUACCAAGGUUCGUAGAAGGAGGCUGAGAAUGCAGGUGUCCUCUCCAAGGAACAAGGGACGAACGCAGGUACAAGAGCGCCGAUUGACAAAGUGUGAGAGGGACCUUUCACCGGUGACAUGCAGCCCCCCCGAGACAGUAGAGGAGUGCAGUUGCUGUCCCAUCUGCGGAGGGUUUUUUCGUGUAGACUAUCUCCCAACUCAUGCCUCCAUGUGUGGAGAGGUUCCUCAGCCAAGCACCAUUUACCUGUCCUCGUCUGAAGAUGACUCCUGGACUGACCACGUGGACUUGAUUUUACCUGAACAGACUGUGUCAUGGGUUUCCUGUCCCUUGUGCGGCUUACGCUUUGGAAGCGUAGAGAUUGAGCGCCAUGCCAGUACGUGUGGGGAAUGAGAGGCUAUGCUUUGAAUUGGGACUAGGCGAUGUGAACUUUUAUGGAAGACUAUACUCUGUGCGGAAAUGGCUGAAAUGUGAGCUUCUUAGCAGCCGCACUUCUUUUUUUAUAGACUGUUGAUACAGACUACUAAAAUGAAUCAGAAACUCUUAAUUGUUAAGAAGUAGCACUUCCUCUUUUUAUUAUCCAUGACUUUUUAUAAACUGCACAGUCAGAACCAUAAAUAACAAAUGAAAA